UUCUUUGGACAUUAAACAGUCAUUUAUUUGUCCGAUGCGCCUUUGAAGAGACGAGAAGCUUCCUUGUUAAUAUUUUUCAUUUUGAACCGCUGGCGCUGAAAUUUACUAUACAUUGCUACUGAACAUAAAUGAAAAUACUCGCGAAUGGUGUCACGUGGCAACUGUGGGAGUCGACACUGAAUCAAGGAACAGCAACCAGUGGAAUUAUGCGAUUUGCGUUAAAAACAGCCUUAUCAAUAUGCAUUUUCCUGUUAAUCUUCCAAACCGUCGAUUCGGAUUCAAGUGAUUCGUCCGCUUCUGCGUCAGUCGUUUCCGGUGCCGUGAAGAGUGAGGAUACGGUAGUUGCCGUCAAUAAGACUGAUGUAUUGGGUGAAGCAAUCGAUGCAAAUGCAACAAGCCUCGAACAACAUGGUGCAGCAAUCGUCGGAAAUGUUUCAGAGGAGAAAAAGCGAUCUCUGGCGAUAUUUUUCAUUUUAUUCGUAAUAAUGUUAGCAACGCUAGUAGUUCAUAUGUUAAUCGUCUCAAAAAUCCAUUGGAUGCCAGAAUCCCUUGCAAUUGUUGCUCUCGGAGCACUUAUCGGAUCAAUUCUAUCGUAUUCACGUCGAGAUUGGAGUGAAAUUGAGGCUCUAAGCCCUGAUGUCUUUUUUCUUGUUUUAUUGCCACCAAUAAUAUUCGAAAAUGCGUAUAAUCUGAACAAAGGAUACUUUUUCUCAAAUUUUGUGCCGAUUCUCACUUUUGCCAUAUUUGGAACCACGAUUUCUGCAAUGGUUAUUGGAGCCGGGCUUUAUAUUUUGGGAGCGAUUGGCCUUAUUUUCGAGUUCACAUUUUUCGAAUGUUUCGCCUUUGCCGCAAUGAUAUCAGCUGUGGAUCCCGUCGGAACGCUUGCAAUCUUCCAAGCUGUAAAAGUAGAAUCCCUACUCUAUAUGCUUGUAUUCGGUGAAUCAAUGCUCAAUGACGCUGUGUCAAUUGUGCUCGCGGCGACGGCUCUUCGACACGCAAAGCCAUCGUUCAACUCGUUACCUGCAUCAGAAAUCAUUACCAGUGCAUUUGUUACAUUUACGGAAAUGUUCUUCUUCUCGGCGUGUCUUGGUGUUGGAAUUGGAUUGUUGAGUGCAUUGCUCUUCAAACACGUGGAUCUCCGUAAAACCCCAUCACUGGAAUUUGCUCUUCUCCUUAUCUUCUCCUACAUUCCAUAUGGUUUCGCCGAGGCUCUUGAUCUAUCGGGUAUCAUGGCAAUUCUAUUCUGUGGUAUUUCAAUGUCCCAAUUCACACGUCAUAAUGUCAGCCCAAUUGCUCAAAUCACAUUCCGGCACACAUUCCGAACCAUAUCAUUUGUCGCCGAAACAUCCACAUUCGCCUACAUCGGAAUGGCAUUCUUCACGAUUAAGCUCAAUUUUGCACCGUGGCUCAUAUUCUGGAGUGUUGUUUUGUGUCUGUUGGGACGAGCGUGUAAUGUGUUCCCAUUGGCUUAUUUGGUUAAUCAAUGUAGAAAGGAUGUACAGAUUUCGAUGAAAAAUCAGAUUAUCAUGUGGUUUAGCGGAAUGCGUGGAGCCGUAUGCUUUGCUCUGGUUCUCUACAUGGAUCUGGAUAAGGAGAAAAAAUCGAUUCUACUGACUACAGUACUCUUUCUGAUCCUUUUCACAACCAUCUUUUUGGGUGGUUCAGCACUUCCAUUCAUUUCAUUUAUAAAUCGAUGUUAUCCAAAUGAGAGACAACGCAAACGGAGGAGAACGCCGAGAAAUAAGGAAUCAACUGGAAAUUCGUCGGCUCUUAUGAUGAGUAAAACUCAGGAAAUGUCCUUCUUUGGCAGUGAUGAUUGGGGUCCAAAGAAGUCAGCCCUCGACGCCACGUCAUCAGCUGGCCGAAUAAUGCGUCAAUUGUUCGUCCGCAAAUUCACGGCCAUCGAACGUCUCGAAAAUCGGGAUAAACUUGCCGCACUCACAAAGCGAGCUCUUGCCAGUGAUCAAAUGACUGAUAGUGAUGACGUGGAAUUUGGAGGUGGCGGAGGCGUGGGCGGUGGUGGACGAAUGAAGGAUGACGUCACACCGACACGUGGAAGAAGUGGGUCACGUAACAGCAGUGACGUCAUAAUUUCUGCUGGAGGAGGCGGAGUCAGUGGAGAACAUCAUUUAUUGAUUAGUUCGGGAAGUGAUUCAUCGACAAACGAGUUUUAAAUUACCGGAAAAAUUCUGGUUUUUCGGAUUUUGUACAAUUUUUAUCGAUUUUUUUUGCCUUCUCUACCUGUGAUUUUCUAGUCAGCUUACUUUUUUUUGUUGCCCCCUGAAAAAAACCCGAUUAUCAUGUAAAAUUUUUGAGUGGCACCGGCGAUUUUCGCAAUAUCGAUUUUCGGAAAAUCGAUAAUUUUUUUGAUAUUCAGAAUUUUCGGGAAAUUUUUAGAGAAAAUUUGAGUAUCUUUUAAAAAAAUUGAAAGUUCAAAAAUUCCAAAAAAAAUUUUUUUUCGAAAUUAUCGAUUUUGAACAAAUUUCCGAUAUAUCGAUUUUUCCCUCGAAAACCUGAAAAUUGCCUGAAAAUAGCCGGUUCCACUCUAACUAUUGACCCUCCAUCAUCAAAAAAUGCUUUUAUCGAUUAGUUUUAAACCCCGCCCACUCUCUCCCGGGGCCCCGCCCCCACUCAAAAACAUUCACUUUCGCGUCAUUAAUACGGUGUUUUGAUCUUUCGAUUUUUUCUUUGAUAAUCUGAUUUUUUUCGAAAAAAAAUCAAUAAUUUGUGAUUCGCCCCGCCCUCUGGAUUUUUUGUCAUAUUUUUCCCCGAUUUUUUAAAAGAUUGGUCUUGUGGUAAUAAAAUAAAAAUUUCAAUGCGUU